AUGGAAAACAUCUUUACUGUUAAUGAUGUUGUAUUAAGUAGACGAGGGUCAUACAUCUUGGGAACCUUGAUCUUAUCAUCUUAUCAUCUUGUGUUUACAUUUACAUCAAAUCAAAAACAAGCAGCCACACCAGCAGUUACACCUGUACAACAAAAGGAAAUUUGGAUAUGCUAUCCCAUAAUCGAAAGGAUGGCAAAAUCUCGAGGGUCAACCUGGCUAAACAACAAUGCAUCGACCUCAAACAAUUCGAGCCUUGAGUAUCGAAUAACGUCUGCCAUUUCGUCGGGGUCGUCGUCGUCAACAACAACCGCUCAUUCUCCUUCCCCUCAACCGCAUCCAACUCCACCCCAGAUUGAUGGGUUCGAUAACUAUAGUGCUUCAAAUAUUAGAUUACAAUGCAAAGACUUCACGUAUUUUUCAUUUGAUUUCAAGAAUGACUUAAUAUGUACCGAAGUGUUCAACAAGUUGAGUUCAUUGGCCACGACUGCCAAAACUGAGAACGACAUCAAAUCGCUAUAUGCAUACUCAUAUGUUCCCAACAAUUUGGAGAAAAAAUUGGAUGUACGCGGAUGGGAUUUAUACGAUACUGUAGCUGAAUACAGCCGAUUGGGAUUAAUUUCAAAUGACACUACUGGUGAUAGAUUUUGGAGACUCACUGAAGUGAAUUCCGAUUACAAGUUUUGCCCGUCAUAUCCUCGGCACUUGAUUGUCCCAAGUUCUAUAUCGGACAAUGUUUUGAAGCACGCGGCGAAAUUUCGAUCAAAGCAGCGAAUACCCGCAGUGGUAUACAAACAUAAAGCCAGCAUCAAUGGAAAUGUCAUUGCCAGAUGUGCUCAGCCUCUUGUUGGCCUAAAUUUACAAAAUCGAUCAAUACAAGACGAAAAAUUGAUUGGGGAAAUAUUUCAUUGCCAGGAUGUUGAGCGUGGAAUUCACUUGAAGAAAGGGGAACAGGAUGAAAUCACAGAAUAUCAAUCGCAGCAAAUGCAAAGGAAUUUACUUGUUGAUUUGAGACCUGUCACUAAUGCAAUGGCGCAACACGCUUUAGGGGCAGGUACAGAGAAUGUUGACAACUAUCGAAACAAAAAAGGUCGCGCCGAAGAACCCACCAAUGGUAGUGACAACCAUUCACAUCAUUCAAGAAAUCCACGACAAGUUGAUAAAAUAUUUUGCAACAUUGAUAACAUUCAUGUGGUAAGAGACUCACUUAACAAAUUGACGACAAUAUUGAACGACCUCGACAGGUUUCAACAAUCAAGCCAAACACCAAGUCCUACUGCAUCAGCUGCACUACAGCAUGCACUAACCAAGACGCAAUGGUUGAACCGUCUCUCCAUCAUAUUACAAUCGGUCGAUAGGAUAACAAAAUCGAUUCAUUUAAACAAUACGAAUGUGAUCAUACAUUGUUCAGAUGGAUGGGAUAGAACGUCACAAGUGUCUGCAUUAGCUCAAUUAUGCCUAGAUCCUUAUUAUAGGACUACAAAAGGAUUUAUGGUGUUGAUUGAAAAAGAAUGGGUGAGCUUUGGGUUUAAAUUCAACACCAGAGCUGACCACGGUGGCUGUAUUGGUGCCGUUAUGAAAAAAAAGUCGAGGAGACAGCAAUUGCAAGAGUGUCCAGAUAACAACAGGACUGACGAACAAUCGUCAGAAGUGUCAAUUGACAGUUUGCAGUUGGAGAAUAAACUAGCUAACGAAGCUUCAAGCGCUGGCAGUGGAGCCGCUGCUAGUGUGACUUCAUUUUUGCAAAAGGCAGCUAGAGCUGCUCGUGAUAUUAAAAACAGUGCUCAAAAUGGAUUAUCCAAUUAUCCUGAUGGAAAUCGUCCUGGAACUCCAGAUGCAAAUUCGGAUAAGCAGUUUCAGUCAACAUCUUCUAGUAUCUACGGUGGAAGCAACGAACGCUCGCCAGUUUUCCACCAGUUCCUAGACUGUGUCUACCAGAUUUUCCGUCAGCAACCGACAAAGUUUGAAUUCAACACAAGAUUCCUCAAAAGGUUAUUAUAUCAUUACUAUUCCUGUCAAUAUGGGUCAUUUUUGUGCGAUUCAGAGCGGGAGUUGCUCCAAGUGGACAAAUGCUAUGACUCGACUGUAUCAGUUUGGGAUUAUUUCAAUUCUAGACCAAAUGAAUUUCAAAAUAAGCUAUACGAUAUAGGCGAUAAUGAAAAUGAUGGGGUAGUAUUUUUCAACUCAGCUGAUAUGAAGUGGUGGUUUGAGUUGUACGGUAGAUCGGAUGAGGAGAUGAACGGAUUAUCCAAUUCCUUGGAUAGAAAGUUCGCACAAAUGGCGAUAAAUAAGGAUUAA